AUGGAUGUACCAGAGGGGAAUGGAAACCCUUUGGGCAAUGGACUCGGUCGAGCUAGGCAAACUCGACCGAUUGGUCAAGGAGAUGCUCCAAACCGCCACCAACAGAGACAAGGGAUUGUUCCACCACCAGUGCAGAACCACAACUUUGAGAUCAAGCUGGGAAUGAUCAACCUUAUCAAUGGUGUCUCUGAAGAUGCCAUCAAGCUGAGACUCUUUCCUAUGUCUCUAGCUGACAAAGCUCACCAAUGGGAGAAGAGCUUGCCCCAUGGCACAAUCACCACUUGGGAUGAAUGCAAGAAGGCCUUUCUUGCUAAGUUUUUCUCCACCGGUCGCACAGCCAAGCUUAGGAAGGAUGCUUGCCUAGGUAUAGGAGAGAUGCUAGACACAGCUAGCAAUGGGAACUUCCUCAACCAGGAUGUAGAUGAUGGCUGGCAGCUUGUGGAGAACAUAGCAAACUCAAUGGAAGCUAUGGAGAAGAGUAUGAUCGCACCAACCGGAGCUCGACCCACCACUCGAUCGAGUCAGAUGAGAAAUUGA